AAAAAAAAAAGUGUCGCGCUGCCGGAACGGAUUUGAAAGUGCUGGGGCCAGGGCAGUUGACGCACAAAAGACUUGACUUAGGUUUGUGGACAGCCUUUGGGCCUGCAUUCGUGUCCUGAUUUAUGUUUGCUGUUUACGCGCUAUUUUUCAACCCCAAAUCACAUUUCCUUUCACACCAUCUCUUCAAGCCCCUCUUGCCUUUACAACCUCGUUUCGCUUUUAUUUUAUUGCGGCGCAACAGCCCGUCAAGAUCCGAUCUCGAUCAGUUAUCAGCCUCGAAACAUAUUUCACAAAUCAACAUCAUCAAAAUGCCAACAAAGAAGUGGGAAGAUGAGGAGUCCUCCUCCGGCAGCUCCGACGAGUCCUCCCCCGCGGUUGCCGUCUCAGUCCCCCGCCGCAAGUUCGAUGACGAGGAGGCCAACGACAGCGAUGUCCUCGACUCGUGGGAUGCCGCCGAAGACUCGGAGGUAGAGCGCGAAAAGGCAAAGAAGGCCGCAGAGGCCAAGGCCAAGGCCGAAGCCGAAGCCAAGGCCAACAAGAAGACCAAGGCCGCCCGUAUCAACGAGCACAAGCAGCGUCGCAAGGAGGCCGAGGAGUCGGACGAGAGUGACGACGAGACCGAGUCGCAGCGCCGCGAGCGCCUCCGUCGCACCGAGAAGGAGGCCGAUCUCGCCCACGCCGAGGACCUGUUUGGUGACAUUGGUGUGCCCGCGGGCCGCAAGGUCAAGGCCGCCAGCACCAGCGUCAGCAUCGACCCGUCGGACCCUUCCAAGACGGUUGAGCUGUCCGACAUGCCCAUCUUCAACCCCAAGACCAAGACGCAGUUUGAGGACAUGCGCCAGGCCCUGAUCCCGCUCAUCACGGCCAGCUCUGGCAGGAAGCCGCACUACAACAACUUUAUGGAGGAGUUUGUCAGGCAGCUGUGCGCCGACAUGCCCUCGGAGAACAUCAAGAAGAUCUCGAGCAAGCUCACGGCCCUCAGCAACGAAAAGAUGAAGCAGGAGAAGGCCGCCGCCGGAACCAAGAAGACCAAGGCCGCCAAGACAAAGACCUCGCUGGUCGCUAACAGGGCUGGCGUGACUGACACCAACUCGUAUGAGGAUACUUUCGGAGACGACGACUUUAUGUGAAAGGCGCCUCACAGCCUUUCAAUAUCAAAUAUUCCCCCUCUCGCUUCGUUGCUGCCAAUAAACCCCUGCGAAAAGAAAGACUGCGUCUUGGGGAAUCCAACCAUAGAUCGGCGCUGGAGCCGGCCUGCAAACACCCAAAACAGACUUAUCAUCAGUCGCGGGAUGUGUCCUACCCACGCGCCACUGGCGCGGGGUCAAGACUCCAGAGGGCAACUGUAGGGGGAGGAAAACCAGUCCUCGCUUGGGGGGACUAUCUUGUUCUUGCCAUCAGCGCUGUGAUGCAAGAUGGCGACGACUCGACUCGUUUCCGGGGAAGGGAAAGGGAGAGUCUUUGUUAAUGUGCAUAUGAGGUUGGAUGGGAUAAUCGGAAAGGGAUUGUCUUCAAGGGCGAAAUGGUGUUUUGUGCCAAAAGAGACUAUAAGCCUCGAUGAAAUGCGGAAAGAGGUUAACCAUGGUUGCGAGUGCGCCAAGGGAGAAGAGAAAUACGAGGACGGCUUCCGCAUGCGUAGAAGCCGUCGUCGUCGUGUUUUUUUGUGUCUAGAUCAGCCAGGGGUACAAGAUUGCAAUUUUUCGUUUCUGAUUUUUAUUUGUCAGGCAUUUAGCGGGACAUUGGGCGAGUUGUCGCCCGUUAUCAAGAUUAAUAGAAAUGAACUGGUCAAGCUACAUCAAGUCAUGCGGAAC